CCUGUCCCUGCCCCUGACCCUGCCCGUGUCCGUGUCCCUUUCCCUGUCCCUGUCCGUGUCCCUGUCCGUGUCCCUGCCCAUGUCCGUGUAUCUGCCCCUGCUCGCACCACUUCCCCUGACUCUGCCAUUCCUGGGGUGCUGUCUAGGCUGUUUUAAUAGCUUGCCUCUUCUCUGGGAAUAGAAGUUAGCAUAAAAUAAGGCCAUACCUUUGUGAUAGCAUCCCAGUAGAGAUUAAAAUGUUGUAGCUUCACUUUUUUACCCACAGAUUGACUAUUUUGCUCUUUUUCCAAACAGGAGGUGCUGACUGACUCUUUGGGGGGUUGCAGGUGUAAAGACUGCUAGAAAAAUAUGCCAGGAAAACUUUAGGUUAAAUGUGAAGGUUACAUUGGCAGGUGUGUUUUUGGCUGAGGAAACAACGUCUUUCUCAGUUUGUGCAUCUUGGAUCAACACAAAAAGGCAGAAUGAAUGCCUUCGUCCUGUUUCUCCUCUCUUAUCUCAUAAGGUGUUUGAAAGUGCCUUAGAUCCUGCUGCAGAAAGCAAAAUAUAGAAAACGGAAGGUGGUGAAGAAAUGAAUGCCCUGCAGCCAGGAAGAAGUGGCACACCUGGAGGUGUAGAAACAUCUGAGCAGGUUGUGCCUGGAGCAUUGGGCUUGUUCCUGCAGAGCAGACACAGGUGUUUGUUCCACUUGUGGAGGUGGAACCCUGGAAAUGGAGGAAACGAGAGUUUUUUCAGGACUUUCGGGCAUGGCAAGGAGCAAGCGGGCAGGUCACAGCGUGGAGAUGAAGCCAGAGGCACGUGUCACCUGCCAGGUGGUGCUGGCAAUGCUUUUCACGGCUCUGUUCAUCACAGCCAUCGCUUUUGCAGUGCAGGCUCUCCAGCCUCAUGCCCAGCCCUGCUCUCAGUGUCCCUUUGACUGGAUCAGGUACAGAGGAAAAUGCUACUAUUUUUCUGAGGUUGAGAGGAACUGGACAUCCAGCCGGGACAACUGCUCAGCACUUGGUGCUUCUUUGGCCAUGCUGGACAGCAUGGAGGACUUGAGCUUUGUGAUGAGAUACAAAGGCAUCUCAGAGCAUUGGAUUGGCCUUUUGAGGGAGGAUGAGGAGCAGCCAUGGCAAUGGGUGAACCGCUCACCUCUGUCUCAGCUGUUUCGGAUCCAUGGUGGUGGGCUCUGUGCAUACCUGGAUGACAAUGGGCUCAGCUCCUCCCACUGCAGCAUUGAGAGGAGCUGGAUUUGUAAUAAACAUGAGCUGAAGGUCUCAAGCAAUGGCAACAGGACAAGACGGCCUCCAAACCUCUGUGUCAGCUCCCUGGGUGCCGCAGGGAGGCCUUCUCACUCCCAGAUAUUUGGUGCACCAUAGGUACAUGAGAGAAAACCUCAAAAAGGUUUUGAAUCCCCUGGGCAAGGGGUUAUUGGGGGUUCAAGGGGACAAACAAGGUGUUUCUGGGACAAGGCAGCCUUUGGGGAUCCACAUGAGA